AUGAAGGUCCAGUCGCUUGGUGUCUUUGUGAUAGCUUCGUUGGUCAACGGUGCAGCCAUAUCUUCCUACUCCAUAAGAUCCACUUUUGAUGUUCUUGCCGAGUCUCAGGCACUUAAUGAUACCACAUAUAACUUCGCACAGACUGAGAGUGCUGAGCUCUUUCCGAUGCCUGAAUGUAAAGGUAUAACCCUCGAGGAAGCUACCAUAGACCAGUUGCAAGAUUACAUGGCGCAGGGGAAGUUAUCUUCAGUGGAUUUGGUUCAAUGCUACUUAGAGAGAUACUUCCAGAUCAACGACUUUGUCAACGGUGUUCUUCAGUUGAACCCGGACAUGUUUUCGAUCGCUUCUACUUUGGAUAAUGAAAGAAAGCUGGGAAUUGUCAGGGGACCACUUCACGGAAUUCCUUUUCUUGUCAAGGAUAACUAUGCUACCAAGGACAAGAUGCAAACCACCUGUGGUUCCAAUGCCUUGUUGGGUUCAGUUGUUCCCAGAGAUGCCCAUGUGGUAUCCAAGCUCAGAGAAGCCGGGGCUGUUCUCUUUGGUCAUGCUACCCUUUCUGAAUGGGCAGAUAUGAGAUCAAACUCUUACAGUGAAGGUUACUCAGCUGUUGGUGGACAAGCUAGAUGUCCGUACAAUCUCACUCUUAAUGGAGGAGGAAGUUCUACUGGCUCCGGAGGAUCUGUUGCCGCCAACUUGAUUAUGUUUGCCCUAGGUACUGAAACUGACGGUAGUAUCAUCUCUCCGGCCGGUAAUAAUGGAGUAGUUGGCUUCAAGCCUACUGUUGGACUCACUUCAAGAGCUGGUGUAAUUCCAGAAUCUGAACAUCAAGAUACUACAGGUCCAUUUGCUAGAACUGUAAGAGAUGCUGUAUACGCUUUCCAGUAUAUGUAUGGAGUUGACGCCAGAGACAACUACACUUUGGCACAAGUUGGAAAAGUUCCUGAAGACGGUGACUACUUGAAGUUCUUGAGUGACAAAACUGCUUUGAAGGGAGCCAAAUUUGGUUUGCCAUGGGCUAAACUCUGGUCGUCAGCAGAUCCAGAACAAGUGGAAGGUUUGUUGGAGGCAAUCAAGUUGAUUGAAGAAGCUGGCGCAACUGUUUACAACAACACCGACUUUGGUAACUUGGACGUCAUUUCCGACGAUGGCUGGAACUGGGAUUUCGGAAGUGUUAACGAGUCUGAGUACACCAUUGUCAAGGUUGAUUUCUUCAACAAUAUUGCAAGCUAUCUUUCGGAGCUUGAGAAUACCAAGAUCAGGUCACUUCAAGAUAUUGUAGACUACAACUACGCUAAUGACGGAACUGAAGGUGGUAAUCCUGGGACGCAUCCUGCUUUUGAAUCUGGCCAAGAUGGGUUAUUGGCUUCAUUGGAAUGGAGUGGAAUCAAGAAUGAGACCUAUUACCAGGCCAUUGAGUUUGUUCACCGCACUUCCAGAGACGAGGGUAUUGACUACGCUUUAAACUACACUGAUUCUGGAACAGGGGAGAACUUUCAAUUGGACGGUUUGCUUGUGCCAUCGGGCCACUCUAUCACAUAUCAGCAAGCAGCCAAGGCGGGAUACCCAAUGAUAACCAUUCCUGUGAAUGAGACCAGUGUUGGAUUGCCUUACGGUUUGGGAAUUAUGCAGACAGCGUGGGCAGAACCACAAUUGAUCAAGUAUGGCUCGGCCAUAGAGGACCUCAUCCAAGGUAGAACCAAGCCUAAAUUCUUGGAUUAUUUAGCUAAGAAUAUCCCAGUAGUAUGA